AUGGAGUCCCGGAACGGAGAGGGACGGCCGGACAGACCGGAGUCCUGGAACGGAGAGGGACGGCCAGACAGACCGGAGUCCCGGAACGGAGAGGGAUGGCCGGACAGACCGGAGUCCCGGAACGGAGAGGGACGACCCGACAGACCGGAGUCCCGGAAUAGAGAGGGACAACCCGACAGACCGGAGUCCUGGAACAGAGAGGGAUGGCCUGACAGACCGGUGUCCCGGAAUGGAAAGGGACGACUGACAGAAUGGAGCCCGGAACGGAGCAGAACAGCUAUACAAAAAGUGACAGAGCGGAUUAGUGAGGACAAUACAGUUGAUGUCAUGUACAUGGACUAUCAAAACAUAUUUGACAAGAUGCCAGUCAACAGACUUGUGAAUGGAUUGUGUGUUCCGGAAUGGGAUGGCUUAACAUGCUGGCCAAGCGGAUUCCCAGGAGAGCUCACUGCUGUUCGGUGCCCGAAUUAUAUUUACGAUUUUAAUCAUAAAGGGUUCGCCUAUCGCCAGUGCGAUGAUAAUGGAAUGUGGAAGUUUGUUGAAGAUCUGAACCGAACGUGGACAAACUACACAGAAUGCCUCACUUUUCUGCAGCCGGACAAUAACGAUAGACAAGAGUUCUUUGAACGGGUAUAUGUAAUGUAUACCAUUGGAUAUUCCGUGUCUCUCUGCUCAUUGAUCAUUGCGAUUGUAAUUAUAGGAUAUUUCAAAAGACUCCAUUGCACUAGGAAUUAUAUCCACAUGCACUUGUUUGUCUCCUUCAUACUGAGGGCACUCAGUAUUUUCAUCAAGGACAAUGUUGUGCAUUCUGAUUUCAAAAUGCAGGAAUAUGAUUCUCUUUCAGUGGAUGAUCUGACAACCGUCACAGUUGCCCCUACAAUAGAGAAGUUCCGUUAUGUAGGAUGCAAGAUUGCUGUCAUAGUGUUUCUGUAUUUCUUGGCUACAAACUACUACUGGAUUCUAGUGGAAGGCCUUUAUUUGCACUGUCUCAUACUGAUGGCCUUCCUGUCUGACAGAAAAUAUCUGUGGACUUUUACUUUCAUCGGAUGGGGAGUUCCAGCAGUCUUUGUUGUAGCUUGGGCCAUUGUGAGAGCAGUAUGGGCUGAUGAAAGCUGCUGGGAUCUAAACGUGGGCAACUUCAAUUGGAUUUAUCAAACACCAAUUUUAAUAGCUAUUGUGGUAAAUUUUAUCUUGUUUGUAAAUAUUGUUCGGGUUCUGGCUACCAAACUGCGUGAAACCAAUGCUGGGCGAUAUGAUGCAAGAAAACAGUACAGGAAACUAGCCAAGUCCACCUUAGUGCUUGUGCUCGUGUUUGGAGUGCACUACAUUGUAUUUGUUGGUGUACCACACACGUUCACUGGAUUAGCAUGGGAAAUACGGAUGCAUUUUGAACUAUUCUUCAACUCAUUUCAGGGAUUCUUUGUUGCGAUUAUCUACUGUUUCUGCAAUGGAGAGGUUCAAACUGAAAUCAAAAAGACAUGGACAAGGUGGCACCUUUCACUAGACUGGAAUGGGAAGGCGAGCUGUGGGACUUACCGAUAUGCCUCAGCAUUAACCAACUUGACCAACAGUACCGCCAGUCAGGCACAGGUCAAUGCACGCACAUCGUUAUUAACUCGAAAAUUUCUUAAGAAUGAGGUUAAACAGGAAAACAGCCAUCUGACUCUACCUGGGUAUGUAAGAAGCAACUCUGAUCCUGAGAGCUUACAGCCAUCUAUUCCUGAAGAACUCAAUGAAAAUGAGGAAAACCUUGAUGAUGUAAUUUAUCUUAAAGAAUCAUCAAAGGCUGUGCUCGAGGCAAACAUUGAACAUGAAGAAGCAGUUUAA